CUACGGUUCGUUCGCUUGUUUCUACUUCUGUUUAUCCAUAAAUUAUAAAAAAUAUAGGGAAAUAAAAAGUAAAUUUUAUAUUGUACUCAGUAACAAUGGAUAGAUAUUGUCGAGUUUGUGCAAGGUUUGACGAUUUCCGGAGAUUUAGCAUCAUGACGGUUUCUCAGAUAAGUGAUGUUGGAAUAGACGACAUGCUUAUUUACUGCACUCAGCUUGAGGUUUCAUCUGUGGACAGCCUGCCACAACAAAUAUGCGGUGACUGUUUAUCAGCACUUAAUUCAGCAUUUAGAUUCCGAAAACUCUGCUUUCAUUCGGAUACCAUAUUUCGCCAAAUGUUGAAAGACACAUUUCCGGAACCAGACACAGAAAUAGCUUUUGCUCCGCAUGCAACACUGAAUACUGAUCAUCUAAUAAUUCCUGAUAAUAGUAUCGCUGAAAUAAGCAUCAAACAGGAGUGUCUGGAACAAAACGAGUUCUUCGAUUCCCUAGUGAAUACUUCAGAUUUAAACGAAUUUUCCAUUCCGUAUCCCUUGAUAGAUGCGCAAACUGAAGCAGUAUUGGCCAAAGUAUCCAUCGCGAAACUUUCCAAAGUGUAUGUUUGCCAAGAUUGCAACUAUUCAUCGACAGUCCGGUUUAAUUUUCAUCGUCAUCAGAAAACAAGGAAACACACCGGAUAUAGAGUAUUGUCUACAAGAAGACCUGAUCUAGAACCGCACUUGAAACCUAAAAAAAGAUGGAAUAGAAAGAAGAAGGAGCCAACCGAAACAAACCUCAACAAAUACACGUGCGAAAUCUGCGGAUAUCAAAACGCUAAUUAUUUUAACUUCAAACGACAUCAAACUACUGGCAAGCACCUUAGAAAAGCUAUUCUUCCGAACCAGGAAACAACGUUGCGAGAAUUCAUUUGCGACUUUUGUAACUAUAUGAGCUCUAACAAAAGCGAUAUGUUAAGCCACAACGAAAAAUGUACAAAUUCGGUUUAUUUGGACGAAACAAUCGACCCGGUUCUGCUUUUUGGCUUUGUGGCAACACGAGUUAUAGAUGAUGCAAAAGAAAUAGAAAAACUCCAAAUAGAAUCUGGAGAGCCUAUAUUUUCAACUAAAUACCAUCUUGAAAAUCACAACACUAUGACCAAUCGACCACCGGUGAAGCUAAUCACGUCGGUUACAGAAUUUGACCACUGCUAUAAGUUAACCAUGCGAGGGCUCCGUUGUUGUGCAUGCAGCAUGUUUUUCGAAAAUGGACCUGCUCUAAACAAACAUCGUCAAUCAGCACAUCCCUAUGGGCGGGUAUCAGAUGAAGCCGAUAACUUGUGUGAUAAAUGCUACACGCCGUGUUAUAGGCAAGAUAGCUUUAUGUAUCACACUCAGUUGAAGCAAUCAAAAUCGUUACUAUUUUGCACCAUUUGUGAAGUGACGAUUGUGAGUAACACUGCUUGGGUAAAUCAUUGCAACUCUCAGCACGACAGAAGGACCAUUCACGACUCCUACGAGAGGGUAAUAACUGGUUCCACAUUCCGGUGCUGUAGUUGUUAUUGUUUGUUUCCAACUCAAGAGGCAUUGGAAACGCAUCAAACAGAGGUGCAUUUUCCUGCUUUGCAAACCAGUAUUGAUAGCUUAAAACACGAAUGUGACAAAUGCUUCCGGCAAUAUACAACACUUGAACAACUCGAACGCCAUGUCCACUUGAGAACAUCCAAAACAAUAUACCGUUGUUUGAACAAGAGAUGUCUAAUGGAAUUCCAACACGAAAAAGAAAUCAUCGCCCAUGUUGGGGACUGUUCCAUGACUGACGAUGUAAAAGAAGUAAUCAUUAAGCAGGAAGCAACAACGGGACUGAGUUGCUGUUUCACGACUUGUCAUGAGCUCUUUGAAAGUGCAAACGACUUACAGAAUCAUACCAGGAGCAAUCACAGUCAGGACAUAGAGCAGAAAGAAUUGGUACUGGCAAAGUACAUCUGUGAGCUGUGUAAUUUUACUUCCGACGUAAAUCAAACAAAUGAUCGACACAAGUUUAUUAUGCAAAAACUGAAUGAUAACAAGCAAAGAGUUACAUGUUCAAUUUGUGGAGCCAUCUUUCGCAAUGUUAAUCUCCUGGUUUCACACGAGGAAGCGCACAAAAAUGUGGUAACUAACAAAUGUGUCUUCUGUGAACGUGUAUGCUCAAAUGAAGUAUCCCUGAAAUUGCACGUACUAACUACACAUACAAAAUACAAGUUUAUUUGUACUGUAUGUGGAAAACACUAUAAGCGAAAAGAUUCACUCGAAAAGCAUGCAGCUAUCCACAACAGUUUUUGUAGGUUCCGGUGCUCUUACUGUCCAUUCAAGGCAAAGAGAAAACAAGUGUUAAGGUCACAUGCUCUUACUCAUCUGAAAGGCCGCCCGAAUGCCCGAUGCGAGAAACGAAAGGCGAUAAAAAUAGUUUGUAUGCCAAGUGGUGCGAAUUAGUUUGUUAAGAUAAACCAGAGACUCUAGGUUAUUGUACAUACGUUUACGAAGGAAGAAUAUUUCGUGCUUGUCAAAUAAAAGUAAUUUUCAAA